CGGGUCGGGGCGGGCGGGGACCCUGACCUGCCGGACGCGGGCACGGUACCAGUGGUAACACGCGUGGGCGAGUGGUGAUUGCAGUCGGUGCCCGGGCCACGCACUUGACGGUUUAUAGUGCUUCACGCCCCUAAUCUCAUUGGAGCCUUUGCAACAGCCCUGCCCAUGGCCACCGAGGCCCCUGUUCACACAUGAAGCACCGAGGCUCGGACCGGGCAGACACCUGCGCUCCAGCGAGGGUUGCCCUGGGAACGCGCCGCAGCGUCGGGGCUAGAGCCGGACCCUCGGCGGCGGGGCGGGGUCCCGGGCUCCUCCCCCGACCCUUCCUCCUCCUCACCACCCCCAGGGCGCGCCGGCCACCGCGUGAGCUUCGCCGCGGCCGCAGAGCCCCUGUUCCCAGCGCCCCCGCCUCUGCUGCGGACCUCGAGGACGCGGGGUCCCGGCCCCGCGCUGGCCGCGCCGCUGCGGGUGUGCACGGCCCCCGGCGCCCCUACCAGGCACCAUGGACUGGAAGACGCUCCAGUCCCUACUGAGUGGCGUGAACAAGUACUCCACAGCAUUCGGGCGCAUCUGGCUGUCGGUGGUGUUCGUCUUCCGGGUGCUGGUGUACGUGGUGGCUGCAGAGCGGGUGUGGGGGGAUGAGCAGAAGGACUUUGACUGCAACACCAAGCAGCCAGGCUGCACCAACGUCUGCUAUGACAACUACUUCCCCAUCUCCAACAUCCGUCUCUGGGCCCUGCAGCUCAUCUUCGUCACCUGCCCCUCGCUGCUGGUCAUCCUGCACGUGGCCUACCGGGAGGAGCGGGAGCGGCGGCACCGGCUGAAGCACGGUGACCAGUGCACCAAGCUGUACGACAAUGCGGGCAAGAAGCACGGCGGCCUGUGGUGGACCUACCUGCUGAGCCUCAUCUUCAAGCUCAUCAUCGAAUUCGUCUUCCUCUACGUGCUGCACACCCUCUGGUACGGCUUCAGCAUGCCGCGCCUUGUGCAGUGCUCCAAUGUGGCGCCCUGCCCCAACACCGUGGACUGCUACAUCGCCCGGCCCACGGAGAAGAAGGUCUUCACCUACUUCAUGGUGGGCGCCUCUGCCGUCUGCAUCGUGCUCACCAUCAGCGAGAUCUGCUACCUCAUCUUCCACAGGGUCAUAAAAGGCAUACGCAAUCAGAGGCCCCCUGGCAGCCGCAACCGCAAGUCCUCAGCCAGCCGGGCCUCCACCUGCCGCUGCCACCAUAAGCUGGUGGAGGGGGAGUUCGCCCUGGACACCCACAGUGACAAGCCGCAUGCUUCAGCACCCGCUCUGACCCCCAUCUGACCACGGGCCGGGGGGUGAUGCCUGGUCUGCCAACGGGGACAGGUGGGGAGGUAUCGCGCCGGUGGAGGGGUCCUGCAGGUGCUGGGUGCCCCCACUUUGAAUUCGCCGAGCUAUCCAAUUUCAUUUGGGGCAGAUACUUUUUGAGUGCUGGGCACUGUGCUGAAUACUUGGGUGUAGGUCACACCACAGGCCCAGUGCCAUCCCUUGGGGGAAACCAACAUUGAAACGAGCAAAUUAACUACUGCGCAAGGGGAUGCUUAGGGCGCUCAUACAGGGCUUCUACCCAACCCAGGGGGGAGCGAUCAAGCGAGACUUUCCUGAGGAAGUAAAGUUUAAGAGAGGUGAGAAGUGCUUCCAAGUGGAGAGAGGGCAGGCAAAGAGGCCUGGAGGCUACAAGAAGAGGCAUGCUUGCCCUGGGUUGGAUGCACCAGACCAGAAAGAAUGUUCCUUCCCUUUGGAGAAGCGCCUCGGUCCCUGCGGUGCAGAGGAAGAAUUCCCCCAGCAGAGGGAGGUCUGGAGGCCUGAGAAUUCUUGGGAAGAGGAGGAGGAGGCUCUGGGGACACCAACCUCUCCUGGUGACACCCGGGGAUCCUCUGAGUCCCACUGCUCUCAUGGCAGGUCCCCCUCCGCAGCCUCCACUCUCCCAGCCUCAGGAAGCUUCGCUCCCAUCUUCCUCCCUGCAGAUGUGCUCAGUCUGGUGCCAGCCUUUCAGACCCUGCUUCGUGGGGCUCGGGGUGGAUGUCCUAAUAGGAGCAUCCCCACGGCAGUUUCCUUGAAAUCAAUAAAGGCUGGGUUUUAUACA